AUGGGCUGCGGCGGGAGCCGGGCGGAUGCCAUCGAGCCCCGCUACUACGAGAGCUGGACUCGGGAGACGGAGUCCACCUGGCUCACCUACACCGACUCGGACGCGCCGCCCAGCACCGCCGCCCCGGACAGCGGCCCCGAGGCGGGCGGCCUGCACGCGGGUGUGCUGGAAGAUGGUGUGACCUCCAACGGCAUGCCCCGAUCGACAGCCCCGAGUGGAAUAUCCAACCCAGAGAAGAAGAUGAGCUGUGGGACCCAGUGCCCGAACCCUCAGAGCCUCAGCUCAGGCCCCCUGGCCCAGAAACAGAACAGCCUGCGAACCGCAGAGGCUAAAAGGGACACUAAGCGGACGUCUGCGAAAGAAGUCACCAUUAAUGUCGCAGACAGCAUCCGACAGGUGGACAGAAGUCGAAGAAUCACAAAGAACUGCAUCAACUAGCAGAGUGUUCCGCCAGCUGAAGGGCAGAGGGACUUCCUUGGUGCCCUUCACAUCCUGGAUACCAUCAAGGAAGUUUGAAGAAGAGGUUGCCCUUGCUGCGCGGGAGCACGGCCAAGGGCUUUGGGAUGCUGUCUUCGCCUGUUGAGACAUUCUCAGC